AUGGUUUGCAGAAUUGCAGACCCUUCUGUUAUCCUCUUCACGGGUCCCCAUCAAAGAACAAGGAGCCAAAAGAUCACAACCCAUUACUCUCCAUGUAUGACAGGCAUCCAGCAUUUAACAUGGGACAGGCUUCUUUUGAAGGAUGAGAAACAUAAGAAAUGGUUGAUUCCCAUGAGAAGAACUAGAACUGUACAAGCUGUGGAUGUUCCAGUUGCACCAUCUUCUGCAGACUGUGCGAAGUAUAGAAAACAGUUGGCAGAAAGUUAUGGCUUCAGGCAAAUUGGAGAACCACUCCCUAACAACGUUAGAUUAAAGGAUGUCAUGGAUACGCUCCCUAAAAAGGUGUUUGAGAUUGAUGAUGUGAAGGCAUGGAAGGCAGUUUUAAUAUCAGUCACUUCAUAUGCGUUGGGGCUCUUUAUGAUUUCAAAGGCCCCAUGGUAUCUACUUCCCUUUGCUUGGGCAUGGACAGGGACUGCAGUUACUGGGUUCUUUGUUAUAGGCCAUGAUUGUGCUCACAAAUCAUUUUCAAGGAACAAAUUAGUGGAAGACAUUGUGGGAACUCUGGCCUUUCUGCCUUUAAUUUACCCAUAUGAGCCAUGGAGGUUUAAGCACAACAAGCAUCAUGCGAAAACUAACAUGUUAGAGGAAGAUACAGCUUGGCAUCCUGUUUGGAAAGCAGAGUUUGAUUCCUCUCCUAUUUUACGCAAGGCAAUUAUAUUCGGAUACGGCCCAUUUCGGCCGUGGAUGUCGAUGGCUCACUGGUUGAUAUGGCACUUCGAUUUGAAAAAGUUCAAAUCAAAUGAAAUCCAAAGGGUGAAGAUAAGUUUGGCAUGUGUUUUUGGGUUUAUGGCAAUUGGAUGGCCUUUGAUUAUCUAUAAAGCAGGGAUUAUGGGAUGGAUCAAAUUCUGGUUAAUGCCGUGGUUAGGCUAUCACUUCUGGAUGAGUACUUUCACAAUGGUGCAUCAUACAGCUCCUCACAUUCCUUUCAAAUCUUCGGAUGAGUGGAAUGCAGCUCAGGCCCAGCUUAAUGGAACAGUUCAUUGUGAUUACCCCAGUUGGAUUGAAAUCCUAUGUCAUGAUAUCAAUGUACACAUACCCCACCAUGUUUCAUCGAGGAUACCGCACUAUAAUCUACGGGUGGCUCAUAAAUCUCUUCAAGAAAACUGGGGAAAGUAUAUGAAUGAGGCUGCUUGGAAUUGGCGUUUAAUGAAGACAAUAAUGACAUUGUGCCAUGUUUAUGAUAAGGAGGAAAACUAUGUUGCUUUUGACAAGCUUGCUCCUGAAGAUUCUCAACCAGUAGCAUUCCUUAAAAGAGUGAUGCCUGAUUAUGCUUGA